GAAAUUGUACGUAUCCAUUGGACGCCCUAGACCGCUCGACCCAGAGAUUUCAUAGGUUUUCGGUUUCAUUUCCUUGUCCUCUCUCCUGCACCUGCAGAUUUUCUCAGACAGGACACUAUUACUCCAUAUUAUUCGAAAUUAACUUAAAUAUUUUGUGUAUUCGAAUUCGUUGACUCAGAGUUUCGGCGCCGGCGACUGGGAUAAAACAUACUGAUGCAUUCCAGAGCAAGAUAUCCACCGCCGGGGAUGAGCGGCGGGGGACGAGGUGGCGGGGCCUUGAACCCUAAUCCGGGUCCUCCUUUUCAGCUGAGAAACCCUCAUCAGUACAUCCAGCGAACUCCGUUACCGAAUCAACAGCAUUUCCAGAACCAACAGUGGCUCAGAAAGAACGACCAGCAGAUGGCUGACUCCUCUGUCAGUGAGGUUGAAAAGACCGUGCAAUCUGAAUCCGUCAACUCGGGCUCGGAAGAUUGGAAGGCGCAGUUGAACUUACCUGCACCUGAUACACGGUUUAGAACUGAGGAUGUGACAGCGACAAAGGGGAAUGAAUUUGAAGAUUAUUUUCUGAAACGUGAACUGCUCAUGGGGAUAUAUGAGAAGGGUUUUGAGAAACCAUCCCCUAUACAGGAGGAGAGCAUACCAAUUGCUCUAACAGGAAGUGAUAUUCUUGCAAGAGCAAAAAAUGGAACUGGAAAAACAGCUGCCUUUUGCAUUCCUGUAUUAGAAAAGAUUGAUCAGGAGAAAAAUGCUAUUCAAGGUUGCAUCAUUGUUCCAACUCGAGAACUGGCUCUUCAGACAUCACAAGUUUGUAAAGAACUUGGGAAGCACUUGAAAAUUGAAGUCAUGGUUACUACAGGGGGAACUAGCCUAAGAGAUGACAUCAUGCGUCUUUAUCAACCAGUUCAUUUGCUGGUGGGAACACCUGGGAGAAUACUAGAUCUUGUAAGAAAAGGAGUUUGUGUUAUAAAAGACUGUGCAAUGCUUGUUAUGGAUGAGGCUGAUAAGCUUCUAUCACCGGAGUUCCAACCGUCCGUGGAGCAAUUAAUCAGGUUUUUGCCUGAAAAUCGUCAAAUAUUGAUGUUUUCAGCUACAUUCCCUGUCACAGUUAAAGACUUCAAAGAUAGAUAUUUGAAGAAGCCCUACGUAAUCAACCUGAUGGAUGAGCUUACUCUGAAGGGUAUAACACAAUUUUAUGCUUUUGUUGAAGAAAGGCAGAAGGUCCAUUGCCUGAACACACUCUUCUCAAAGCUUCAAAUAAACCAAUCAAUUAUUUUCUGCAAUUCUGUAAACCGAGUUGAACUUUUGGCCAAGAAAAUCACAGAGCUUGGCUACUCUUGCUUCUAUAUUCAUGCAAAGAUGCUUCAGGAUCACCGGAAUAGAGUAUUUCAUGACUUCCGCAAUGGUGCCUGCCGGAAUCUUGUUUGUACUGAUCUCUUUACAAGAGGCAUAGAUAUUCAAGCUGUCAAUGUUGUUAUCAAUUUUGAUUUCCCAAAGAAUUCAGAAACAUAUUUACACAGGGUUGGGCGAUCAGGGAGAUUUGGACACCUUGGUCUAGCUGUAAAUCUGAUAACUUAUGAGGAUCGCUUUAAUCUAUAUAGAAUAGAGCAAGAACUGGGAACAGAGAUCAAGCAGAUUCCUCCACAUAUCGAUCAGGCUAUAUACUGCUUGUGAUAUGUGUACUCUUGGUUGGUGUUAGUUAGCGAUGAAUGUGCUGGGCUCAACCUCUGAAUGUAUGAUAUCAUAAGGGUUGUAUUUUGAAGUCAGGCUAGACUGGAAGCCUGUUACCAUUCUUGGAGAUAUACCACCUCCUUAAAACUCUUUAUGGGCCCCAAAGUACAUCUGUCCCAAAUGCAGAAUGGAUGCACUAUGAAACUGUCCAUGGUGUAUGGUUGCUUAAUAUGACUGUUUUCUGACUAAAAGGAAAAAAAGGUUCUUCUGGAGUGACUGUGAUAAGAGAUUUUAAUGCUUUGUGUUUGCCUUGUGUUUCAGAUCCUUUAUAUUUGCAGGCACAAAGAUGUGUUCAAUUAUUGGCGUCUUUGAUGAUUAUCUAGCAGUUUAAGGAGAAACAUUAACAUACUGUAGUAGUAUAGACUCCUUUGUUUAGAUAAUCUUGUUGUUAAACUUUUCUGGUUCUCUAUUUAUGCCGCAUAAAAAUCCUUUCUGUCCUACUCGUUUAGUUCUUUAAAUAACAUGGAAAUAUGGAAUACAUAACAAGCAAGAAGAGCCCUAACACACCAGUACUCAAAGC